CAGAUGGGUUGGGGCCCGAGGAAACUAAGCAAGAGGGGGGUCCCAUAGGGAAGAGCGAGGCAACUGCGAUCGGUCAAUGCCGGGCAAGCCGGGAAGGGCAGGAGGCUGCAGCGGCUGGGGGAUCUGAAGCACCGAGCACCAGGCUCCGGCUAAGCUCAAAACUGUCCCGUAAGCCGCCCACGCUCGUUUGCUGGCCCCGUCCCACGGACUCUGCGCACGGAUCCCCCACGGCUGGAGUGCCGGGGCCGAGGCAGGCUGCUGGAGGGCGAGCUCGGAAGGGUUAAAAGCUCGGAGGGUUACACACAACGCGCGAUGUGGGAUCCGCUGCAACUGGCAUUUGCCUGCACAUGACCUGCCAAGCGCCGGGUGACAAGAACCCGGGCUCCUAAGGAGUUUCCCACAGUCUGUGGGAUCUGAACUUCGGCGCCGCGCCGCGCGCUGAGCUCCCCGCCAGGGCCUGCCCCACCCGCAGCCUCCCGGUGCAGCCCAGAAAUUGGAGGGAAGCCUCUUUCCACAGGUCGGUUUUAUGAGAUGUUUUUAAAGGGCUGCCUUCCGUUCCCCCCGACUCCCACGAGCUGCAAAGAAUGUUUUUAGAUGCUUGGCUGGGAGCUAUGCGCUCCCACACUGGCCACUGCUGUGAAUCGGAGUGUGAAUUAUAUCCCUAUAGCCCCGGGGCUGUCCCCCCUCCCCGCCGAUGCGUGCCUGCGGACUGGGGCCGGUGCAUGCCCACGCCUCAUUACAGAAAGCGGAGUGUUAUCCUGACUUACAGCCUCUCUCCUCGGUUCCGUCCAAACGCGCGCACAGUUCAGCGUGCGAGGUGCAGGCAGUGGGCACCGACGUGGGGUGACUUUGCCGCGAUCUCCCCUCCCCUCCGGCAGGUAAAAGGCAGGAGCCUCUUGGGGCUCCCCCAAGCCGCGGCAGCUCCUUAUCGCGAGCGGGGCCGCAAGGCAACCUGUCCCCGCGGGCUGGGACACCCAACUGCCCAGCCGUUAGCUCCGCUUGUGCGGCCAAGCGAUCGGUGCGGCUCGCUCCUUGCCCGGCGCUUCCCAGGCGCCUCUGGGGCGAGACUGUCCGAACCAGCCUCGGCGUGAGACCGUGUUCUGUUUACACGGGCCGUUCCCGCGAAGCCUGCCAUGUGCACCCCAGCCCCCCCCCCUUUUUUUUGUUGCCCAGCAGGUGCGCGCCCAUUCACCCUUCGUUCCUUCUGAGCCACUGCCCGCGCUGAUCUCGCCUCCUUCUCCCCGCAGCAUGGCUCUCCGGCGGCUGAGAGAGGCGUUCGCCAGCAUCCCGCCCCUGCAGAGCGCCCUGCUGCUCUUCCUCUGCCUGCUUGCCGCCGUGCACCUGACGAAGCGCCUUCUGCUGCAGCGGCGGCGCCUAGAGCCCCCGGGCCCCUUCCCGUGGCCUCUGAUCGGCAACGCGGCUCAGCUGGGCAGCGCCCCGCACCUGGCCUUCGCCCGCCUGGCCCGCACCUACGGGGCCGUGUUCCAGCUGCGCCUGGGCAGCCGGGCCGUGGUGGUGCUGAACGGCGAGCGCGCCAUCCGCGGGGCGCUCAUCCGCCAGGGGGCCGCCUUCGCCGGCCGGCCGCGCUUCGCCUCCUUCCAGCUGGUGUCCGGCGGGCGCAGCCUGGCCUUCGGCGGCUACUCGGAGCUGUGGAAGCUGCAGCGCCGCCUGGCGCACUCCACCGUGCGCGCCUUCUCCACCGCCUGCCCGGCCCCGCGCCGCCUGCUGGAGCAGCACCUGCUGGGCGAGGCGCGGGCGCUGGUGCGGCUGCUGGUGCGGGGCAGCGCGGGCGGCGCCUUCGUGGACCCGGCGCGCAGCCUGGUGGUGGCGGUGGCCAACGUGAUGAGCGCCCUGUGCUUCGGGCGCCGCUACCGGCACGGCGACGCCGAGUUCCUGCGGCUGGUGGGCCGCAACGAGCAGUUCGGCCGCACGGUGGGGGCCGGCAGCCUGGUGGACGUGCUGCCCUGGCUCCAGCGCUUCCCCAACCCGGUGCGCGCCGCCUACCGCGCCUUCCGCCAGCUCAACCGCGACUUCUACGGCUUCGUGCGCGGCAAGUUCCUGCAGCAUCGCGGCAGCCUGCGCCCCGGGGCCGCCCCCCGCGACAUGAUGGACGCCUUCAUCCGCCUCCAGCAGCAGCAGCCGCGCCUGCCGCUCGAGCACGUGCCCGCCACAGUCACCGACAUCUUCGGGGCCAGCCAGGACACGCUCUCCACGGCCCUGCAGUGGCUCCUCAUCUUCCUCAUCCGAUAUCCAAAGGUGCAAGUUAAAAUGCAAGAAGAAGUGGAUAGGGUGGUUGGCAGAGAUCGCUUGCCCUGUGCAGAAGAUCAACCUCAUUUGUCCUAUGUUGUCGCUUUCCUUUAUGAAUCCAUGCGCUUCAGCAGUUUUGUGCCGGUCACUAUUCCACAUGCCACAACAGUUGACACCUCCAUAAUGGGCUACUUCAUUCCCAAAGAUACAGUCGUAUUCAUCAAUCAGUGGUCAGUGAAUCAUGAUCCAGCAAAAUGGUCCAACCCUGAGGAUUUUGAGCCAACAAGAUUCUUGGAUGAGAAUGGAUUAAUUAAUAAAGAUCUUACUAGCAAUGUGAUGAUUUUCUCUUUGGGUAAACGCAGGUGCAUUGGAGAGGAGUUAUCAAAGAUGCAGUUAUUUCUCUUUACCUCCAUACUGGUACACCAGUGUAAUUUUAUCGCUAAUCCAAAUGAGGACUCUAAAAUGGAUUUUACCUAUGGGUUGACUAUUAAACCUAAACCAUUUACAGUUAACGUCACUCUUAGGGAUACUAUGGAUUUGCUAGAUAAAGCUGUCCAAAGAUUUCAAGCAGAGAAAACAGCUAGUGAAAGUCACGUAUCAGCACAUUUGUGAACAUUGAUGUUUGAAUAAAAUACAUAAGGAGACUCCUGCCUAAGUAAAUAAGAAUGUGCGGUGCUGGUGAGCUUUCUGUAACAUAAGUGCCCCAAACACUGGGGAGUGGAAUUGCCCAUGCAUUAAGCAGGCCUUCUUUUUUAAUUCCAGAAAGAGGCAGGAAAUAUAUUAACUGCUGAAAUAUAGGAAGAGUGCAUGAUUUGAAAGUACAUUUUUGGUGAACAAACAAGAACACGACAGUUAAUUUAACACCCUCUUCAUUAACUGCCUAGCUGGCACGUCCCUGCCACUCCUUGGGCAACCCUUUCAAAGUCCCAAUUUGCCUUCAAAGACUCUCCAUCCCAAAGUGAAAUCUUGUAUGGAAAGAGGUACCUAGAUUGUUGGAGCCGGAUUCUUCAAGUGCACUAUGUGGGGGAACUGCCAUACGCUCCUAUGGUGUCCUGGGAGGAGCACUGAGAUGUGGUUCAGUGCCUUGAUGGUAAACAUUCAAAUGAAGUUUGGCAAAAUGCCAAGCUUGCCUUUAACAUUCCAAAGUAUUUAAAAUGGAACUAAAAAGAGACUGGUUUAUGAGCACAAUGGAAUUUUGAAAUGUAUUUCAUAAUCUAUAUGCGAACAAAUGGAAAGUACGGAACUAUUUCAUUGCAUUGCAGGCAGAAAGGUUAAAAUUGGUAAGUCACCAAAUGGCAGACACGAAAUAUAAUCUAUUAACUUAUUCAUAAGCAGAAUCAAAGGUACAGAUCAAAGGAAAAAAUAUAUUUUCAUUAGGAAAACCUAUGUGAGGGUGGCCUUUUAUUGUGGACUGUUUAUUCUCUCAGUUAAAAGCUCAUGCCUGGUCCUACCAGGCCAACACUUAACCACAUGAGCAGUCCCAUUAAAAUUCACAUAGGUUUGCAGAAGGACAUGCGUUUUAGAACUUUUGUGCCACUAAGAUCAGAUACUGUGCAGAAUAGAGCCAUUAUAAGAAUGUAAUUUUAUUAUUAGCCUGAGUUACAAUUAUGCCUAUGAUAGUUCAUCACAUACCAUUAAUGGGAUCUACUUCUAAGAAGUACAUGAAACAAAAUAAUGGGAGUUUCGGUUACAGAUCCCACUUGGGCCCAUAAAUUGUAAUUCAAACCAUUUUUAGUUUGUAUUAUUUCACAAAACACUUAAAAAUUUCAAAUAAAGAUUGCCUUGUGAUCAGCUGUUAAGUAAAACAUACCUGAGAAGCAUUUCAGUCUUGAACUACUGUGUGAUGUUUAUGUAGGAUAAUGAAUGCCACUCAGGCUAUGUCUACACUACAGGGGUUUUGUGCAAAAACCCACAGAGCGUCCAAACCUCAAGUGUGAUUU